AGUGUCAUUGGGAAUACAGAAUGUAUGUAAUGUAAUGGCGAAUAAUAAUAAGAAAGUAGAGAAAUUAGCAUCAAUAGAUGCACAAUUAAGGCUAUUAGCACCUGGGAAAGUAUCAGAAGAUGAUAAACUUAUUGAAUAUGAUGCUUUGCUUUUGGACAAGUUUCUUGAUAUUCUUCAGAAUUUACAUGGAGAAGCUCUUAGAGAAACUGUCCAAGAAUGCUAUGAGCUUUCUGCCGAGUAUGAAGGGAAGAAUGACCCAAAGAAACUGGAUGAGCUUGGAAAUGUGCUGACGAGUUUAGACGCUGGGGAUUCCAUUGUCAUUGCAAAAGCUUUCAGUAACAUGCUUAACUUGGCUAAUCUGGCAGAAGAGGUUCAGAUUGCUCAUCGUAGAAGGAUCAAAGCCAAGACUGGUGAUUUUGGUGAUGAGGCUAUGGCAACAACUGAAUCUGAUAUCGAGGAAACCCUUCAAAGACUUGUGACUAAGCUUAAGAAAUCCCCUCAAGAAGUUUUUGAUGCAUUGAAGAGUCAAACGGUUGAUUUGGUCUUCACUGCUCAUCCGACUCAAGCUGUUCGCAGAUCAUUGCUCCAAAAGCAUGGAAGGAUUCGAGACUAUUUGGCUCAGUUAUAUGUCAAAGACAUCAGUCCUGAUGAGAAACAGGAACUCGAUGAGGCUUUGUCACGGGAAAUUCAAGCUGCUUUCCGCACAGAUGAGAUCCGUAGAAGUCCUCCAACCCCACAAGAUGAAAUGAGGGCUGGAAUGAGCUACUUUUAUGAAACAAUAUGGAAAGGUGUUCCUAAAUUUUUGCGUCGUGUUGACACGGCCCUUAAGAACAUUGGGAUUAAUGAACGUGUUCCAUACAAUGCACCUGUUAUACAAUUCUCUUCAUGGAUGGGUGGUGAUCGUGAUGGUAAUCCAAGAGUAACUCCUGAGGUCACAAGGGAUGUUUGCUUACUUGCCAGAAUGAUGGCUGCAAAUAUGUACUUUUCCCAGAUUGAGGAUCUAAUGUUUGAGUUGUCCAUGUGGCGAUGUAGUGAUGAACUUCGUGUUCGAGCAGAAGAACUCUAUAGAUCAGCAAGGAGAGAUGUUAAACACUACAUUGAGUUCUGGAAACAGGUUCCUCCCACUGAACCUUAUCGAGUUGUCCUUGGUGAUGUGAGAGACAAGUUAUAUAAUACGCGUGAACGCUCCCGUCAUUUAUUAGCCCAUGGGAUUUCGGACAUACCAGAAGAGUCCGCUUAUACCCAUGUUGAACAGUUUUUGGAGCCUCUUGAAUUAUGCUACAGAUCGCUAUGUACGUGUGGUGACCAUGUGAUUGCUGAUGGAACUCUUCUUGAUUUUUUAAGGCAAGUGUCUACAUUCGGGCUCUCACUUGUGAGACUUGAUAUACGUCAAGAAUCUGAACGCCACACAGAUGUCCUUGAUACCAUUACUCAACAUUUGGAAAUUGGUUCAUAUCGGGAGUGGUCUGAAGACAAGCGUCAAGAAUGGCUUCUAGAAGAACUAAGUGGAAAACGUCCUCUUUUCGGUCCUGAUCUUCCUCAAACUGAGGAAAUUGCAGAUGUAUUGGAUACGUUCCAUGUGUUAGCAGAACUCCCAUCUGACUGCUUUGGUGCUUACAUUAUCUCAAUGGCUACAUCACCUUCUGAUGUUCUUGCAGUUGAGCUUCUUCAGCGGGAAUGCCAUGUAAUAAAACCUUUAAGAGUGGUUCCCCUCUUUGAGAAACUCACAGAUCUUGAUGCAGCCCCUGCAGCCAUGUCUCGUCUCUUCUCAAUCGACUGGUAUAGAAAUAGGAUUAAUGGUAAGCAAGAAGUGAUGAUUGGAUACUCUGAUUCAGGAAAAGACGCAGGAAGGCUCUCGGCUGCAUGGCAACUUUACAAGGCUCAAGAAGACCUUGUAAAUGUUUCGAAAAAGUAUGGGGUUAAGCUCACAAUGUUCCAUGGACGUGGUGGGACAGUUGGGAGAGGAGGUGGCCCGACCCAUCUUGCUAUACUUUCCCAACCACCUGAAACCAUCCAUGGGUCCCUCCGGGUCACUAUUCAAGGUGAAGUUAUAGAACAGUCAUUUGGUGAGGAACAUUUGUGUUUCAGAACACUUCAGAGGUUUUGUGCAGCCACUCUUGAGCAUGGGAUGAAUCCCCCCAUCUCACCUCUACCUGAGUGGCGUCAACUUAUGGACAAUCUUGCAACCUUUUCAACUGAAGAAUAUCGUUCUAUCGUAUUCAAGGAACCACGCUUUGUUGAAUAUUUCCGGCUUGCUACACCUGAAUUGGAGUAUGGGCGGAUGAAUAUUGGGAGCCGCCCAUCCAAAAGGAAGCCAAGCGGAGGCAUAGAAUCACUCAGAGCUAUUCCAUGGAUCUUUGCCUGGACUCAAACGAGAUUCCAUCUCCCUGUUUGGCUCGGUUUUGGUGGUGCAUUCAAGAAAGUCAUAGAAAAAGAUGCCAAGAGUCUGUUGAUGUUGCAGGAUAUGUACAAAACAUGGCCUUUCUUUAGGGUCGCUAUUGAUCUGGUCGAAAUGGUGUUUGCCAAGGGAGAUCCUGGUAUUGCUGCUUUAAACGACAAGCUGCUUGUUUCUAAUGAUUUGUUAAAAUUCGGAGAAUCCUUACGGGAUAACUAUUCUCAAACCAAGAAUUUCCUCCUUCAGAUUGCUGGACAUAAGGAUCUUCUUGAAGGUGAUCCUUACUUGAAACAAAGGCUCAAGCUGCGCGAUUCAUACAUCACGACCUUGAAUGUAUGCCAGGCUUACACCCUCAAACGGAUUCGUGAUCCCACCUACCACGUGAAGUUGAGACCUCAUAUCUCAAAGGACGACCCUGAGCCAAGUAAACCCGCCGAUGAACUUAUCAAGCUGAAUCCUACAAGUGAAUAUGCACCGGGUUUAGAAGACACACUCAUCUUGACGAUGAAGGGUAUUGCUGCUGGAAUGCAGAACACUGGUUGAUCAUCUAACCAUUAUAUCACCACAUUUUUUAGUCUUUUUAACUCUUCCUAAUGUCCGUAAGGAAAUGUCCCGGCUACAGAUAGGUAUCUAUUGUAGCUGAGUUAUUUGGUUACCGGGUGGUGGC